CCGCCCCCGCGCCCGCCCCCUUUUAAUAAACCUGCAGCUCGGUGUGUAAGUGUGUGAGUGAGUGUGAGAUCGGGAGGCGCGCGAUGAAUCCCGCUCCAGUACCCCCGCCUUUGCCGCCCCCGGGGCAGCAAGUCAUCCAUGUCACGCAGGACCUCGACACUGAUCUCGAAGCGCUGUUCAACUCCGUGAUGAACCCCAAGCCCAGCUCCUGGAGGAAGAAGAUCUUGCCGGAGUCCUUCUUCAAGGAGCCCGACUCCGGUUCGCACUCGCGUCAGUCCAGCACCGACUCGUCUGGCAGCCACCCGGCCCGGCUGAGCGGCGGCGGCGGCGGCGGCGGCAUCGCCGGGGGUGCCCAGCACGUCCGUUCGCACUCGUCGCCCGCCUCCUUGCAGCUGGGCACUGGGGCCGGGGCUGCGGCCAGCGCGGCGCAGCAGCACGCGCACCUACGCCAGCAGUCCUACGACGUGACCGAUGAGCUGCCGCUACCUCCCGGCUGGGAAAUGACCUUCACCGCCACCGGCCAGCGGUACUUUCUCAAUCACAUAGAAAAAAUUACUACGUGGCAAGACCCUCGGAAGACAAUGACCCAACCUUUAAACCACAUGACCCUCCACCCUUCGGCAACUCCUAACCCAAUGCCUCAGAGAUCGAUGGCAAUGUCUCAGCCCAACCUUGUGAUGAACCACCAGCACCAGCAGCAGAUGGCAUCUAACACCACUCUGUCCCAGCAGAACCACCCAGCCCCAAACCCACAGGCGGGCUUAAUGAGUUUGCCCAAUGCCCUAACCACUCAGCAACAGCAGCAGCAGAAACUACGCCUCCAGCGGAUCCAGAUGGAAAGAGAAAGAAUCCGAAUGCGUCAGGAGGAACUCAUGAGACAGGAAGCUGCUCUAUGUCGACAACUUCCCAUGGAAUCAGAGACAAUGGCCUCCGUUCAGGCUGCUGGGAACACACCUGCCAUGGCCCAGGAAAUCAGACCAAUAACAAAUAAUAGUUCAGAUCCUUUUCUCAACGGUGGGCCGUACCAUUCCAGGGAGCAGAGCACGGACAGUGGCCUAGGCUUAGGAUGCUACAGCAUCCCAACGACUCCUGAAGACUUCCUCGGCAAUGUGGAUGAGAUGGACACAGGGGAGAAUGUAGGACAGACACCGAUGACUCUAAAUGCCCAGCAGACCCGUUUCCCCGACUUCCUUGACUGUCUUCCUGGAACAAACGUUGAUCUUGGGACUUUGGAGUCAGAUGACCUGAUCCCAAUCUUCAAUGAUGUGGAGUCUGUCCUUAACAAAAGCGAGCCCUUCCUGACCUGGCUGUAAUCUUCGCUCUUGGCCACCUCCCAUAUCCUCCGUUUCCUUCUCUGCUUUGGAAAAGAGGUGGAGCCCAAAAAGUUCUCAAGAUUUCCAGUGACUCUUUUACAUCCAUGUGGUCAAUUGAAAUUAUUGUCUGGAAUUGAUUGACAAGAACUUAAGCCUAAAUAAUAGAAAUACAGAUUUUCUCCCUACUUUUUAAAUGCAUCUGUUUGCUACAGCAUACUGGCUAAGGCAUGCCUGUAGCCCAGAUUUCAGGGAGAGAGGACACAGGGUUGUUUCACCUCUUCUCUUUUUUCAUUGACCUGUGAAGAAGCUUGUGGGUGUUAGUUUAAAACAAAAGCUGACAAAUAAGGGGAAAAAAAAGUUUGAUGUGACAGCUUCAGCCAGGAUCCCUGCACCAGAUUAGUCCCCAAGUGCAGGUCAGUAGCUAUAUUUAUGACAAUAAUACCAAAUGCUUUACAAAAGUAAAGAAAUAAAACUAUUUAACUUAAGCUUUCAAGAAAUCAUUGUAUUGUUAGUCAAAUAGUACUGUAUGGAAUGCAGAGUAGCUUCAAAUCCGUGCUGGCUAUGAUAAUAAUAAUUAUUAUCAUUCUAUAUUUGCAGAGGCACGGACAGUACUGUUAUAGUUUACCCUCCAGUAUAUUACUAUAUAGCUUCCAGACAAUGAACAAUUCCAAUUUCAAAAGUAGCAGAUUGUCUAGUAAUCAUUUUAUUCUAAAGAUGCCAUAAAAGAGCCCACAUCGGUACUAACCACCACCGCCACUAGAAAAACAAACCAGUGGAAUGAAACAUGCAAUUAUAAUGAAAUGCAACUCAGAUUUUGAUGUUUAUUUUUAUUAAGCACUCACUGUAAUUUUGUAACUGAUUAGAAUUAGCAACAGAUUUUUUUUUUUUAAUACAUCUGUGGCAACUGCUUCUUUGAUUCUGGGAGAUUAAUCCUAAAAUAUAUCAGGGUAGAAAAGUGUGGCACAAUUUACAACUUGACAAUAGAUUAACCAGUUGCCUUUUUUUUUUUUUUUGUAAGUCGGUCUUGUCACCAAGACAAUAAUGGAUUGAAACAGACAGUAUCGAUGAAACUGUAAUCGGGAAAUGACCGAUCACUGAAUGACCUGUAAACAAAUGCCUGAUUUAUGGGGAGGGUUCAUGGUGGAGGCAAAUGUUUUUGAAAUCAGCCAAACUAUUCCCUGUCUGCAAAUUCUAUUAUCCAAAACUUUUUUGCUUGCUACCAUUGGUAUAAAAGGCAUAUUAUCACAUAUACUCAAUACCUCUCAUAUAAUCAAGAAGAGUUUCUUUUUGAGAUGUUUAGGACUGAGAGUGCAUAAAGUAUAGCCAGCAUUCAGCGCCCUGAAUAUGCCAAUGACGUCCUCAAGUGUUUUAGUGGGUUUUUUUUGAACUGUCAUUAUUUAUAAUCUAUGAAUUUAAUCUUUUUAAAAAAUUUAACAAAAUGCAAUACUUUUUAAAGGCAUUAUUAUUAAUUCCAGUCUCUGAGCUAGACUCUUCCAAGGUCCUAGCAAAGAAAGGAGGCUGAUCACUCAUUUAAGUGUUUUUAUUUGUUGAGGGUCUGUUAAUUCAGAUUCUUUCUUAAAUAUUAGAAGGUGCAAGAAGAAGUACAGACUAUCUUUUAUCUUGCUGGGAAGAAAGCAGGUGAAAAGGUCAGAGUUCACGUCGCAAUAUUAUGGAAACAUAUGGAAAGGUUGAAAGUCAAGAAAUGGACAGGGAUAGAAAUGUAAUCAUGCCCCAGAGUUGAGGAACUUUACAUGGUAGGUGCCCAAAUAGAAGGUGUUGACAGAGUUUUAUGAAAACAGUUUUCUAUGAUAACUUUUAUACCAAAAGAUUUUUCCAUUAUAUUUAAAAAAAACAAACGACUUUGGUGCACUUUACAUUGGAGAGAAAGACAAAAGAGGGAAUAAGAAAGAUGAAGCUUAAACUACUGUUACUUCCAAAACAAAGAAACUUUUUUUUUCUAAAUAAAUACUAGAAUGGGGGGGGGGGGUUGCUCCCUUCCCCCCCUCCAUGUUUGUCUGAUGAUCUCCCUUUCCCCCUUUCUGUUCUCUCCCUUCCUGGUCCCAAUACCCCCUUCCUUUCCUUCAUUAUUUUCAUCCCUGUCCUGCUUUCUUCCUUCCUACACCCAAGGAGGGGGAGAGGGGCGCGAAGAGAGCAGCAGUAUGGGAAUGUUUUUCUCCUCCACUAAAUUGAAGGGAGCACUGAUUUCUCCUCCUAUUUUGCUAGAAAUAAUUGCAGAAAGAGGGAAACAAUCUUUAGAACAAAACAAGGGACCUAACAAGGCUAAGCAGUGUUACUGUAUUUUUUUAAGAUUUUUUUUUUCCUUUUUAAGACUUGUUUUCAGGUUAUCAAAUUAAAUCUGAAAUAGCGAUCCCUCAUUGCCUUUUUUAAAAAUACAUGAUUGGGGAUUUACAGAGCCUAUUUUCAGAAAUGAAUAUUGUAGUAUGCUAUACUUGGAAUUAUUAAAUAUUAGGUGAAUUUUUCUGUUCUUUUUUUUUUAGAGAAACUAGUUGAGCAUUUAUUAUUAAAGAAAUUACAUUUUUCUCCAGAUUAAAGCAAAGCAUUGAUCAAUACUGUGUUAUCACUUGAAUAAAGCCAAGUAGAGUGUUCUUUUAACACGUAAAACAUUGUUUCAAAAAGAAAGAAGGAAGGAAGGAAAACUAAAGUUAGAAAACUUGAAGCAUUAACAUUAAUAGUUUCAGAUGACUAUUAUCUUAGACCUCCCACCAAAUUAAGCAGAAGGUGCUAUCUUAUAAGUUUUUGUUAGAUUUUAAAGCAACUGCCAGGCUGUCAGUUCCUUUUAGUUUGAAAUGACAAUGAUGAGCUAAAAGAAAAUUUUCACAUUGCAACCAAUUAAUUUUGGCAUGGGAAAGAGACCAUUGAAAAUGUAUUCCUUCCCAUGGUUUUCUGACUUGAAAGACAUUUGAAUUGAAUUCUUAGACAAAGCCUUCAUGUUUGUAAUUCUAUUGUGCAGUGAUUUUUAGAUGGUGUCUCGCUGCAUUAUUUAAGGAUAUGAAAUGCUAUUUUUUUCUUUUUACCAAUUUUCACGGUGUACAGGAAGUAUACAGAGUGAAUAUGCCAAAGUGCCUGGGCACACAGUUGACCUUUGUUGGGUAGGACAGUUUUACAUCAGUGUUGGUGACAUGGAAAAGGAGGGAAGUUGUCUAUUGUAGCUUUUAUUCUGGUAACACUUAAGACUGUAGUUCUCAGAAAAAGCAUGACUCGAUGACACAAUGCUGUUUGUAAGACAUCGUACAUCAAUUUUAAAUGAGAAAAAUGGGUGAUCGACAAAGACUGUUUCCUAAUACACUACAUCCAUUUAUGUUCUAGUGCCUUAAUUGUUUAAUUUACUUCUACAUUUUUGUUAUGACAUACGUGUGAGUGUUUAUUUUUAAUUUAGAUGGCUAUGCAUACAAAAUGUAUGCAGUCAAACCAAUCAGAUCAAACUGUUGUACCCAGAGUUUGGUACUGGUUUUUUUUUUUUUUCUCUGAUCCUGUACAAGAACAAUAAAUAUAAUUAAAUUUCA